GGUUUCCUAGCAACCACACUGCCGGUUUCCAAGCAAUACCUCUGGUUUCCUAGCAACGGACGCGUCCAAACCAUGGCGCGGUUUGUGCUCGCUGGGAAAGCCGACUGUCCUCACUUCGCCAAAGCCGAGAAUCUAGGGGAUCAACUCCAGGGAUCCCUACCCUACUUCCGGAUCCACAAGAUCCUCGUCGCGCCAGACGAGUGGGAGGAAUGGUUGGACGUCACCUGUCGAUCACACGGAUGGCGACACAGCGAGUCCCCGCUGGUGUGGCGUGAACUUCUGGACCGCGGGGGCAAAGGGAUGUUGGUGGGGGGUCUGGCUGACUUCCUGGAGCACUGCCAUGAAUACUAUGGUGUGAUGUCAGACAUGUCGACAGACAUGAUGCUGAAGAUCGCCGUGGAGACCCGAGAGAUGGAGGAGAUUUGGAGGGAGGAAAAGAAGCUCCAAGCUAGCCUACGCCAACCGCUUAACGUCUGGAUCAGCGGUGCUCUGAACCCCACGUGCUCAAUACUGAUUCCCCACCUGCUGUCAGAGCACAUCUUCCCCUGGGCAUCCACCUUAUUUGGCAUCAGCCUGCACCUCCUCCAUUGGGAGGGGGAGGAGGAGGCGUUGCAUGCCCUGCACGUUGAGACAGAGUGGCUGGGCCUCCCUCUACUCCACCAGGUAGGCCUACUAGCAUGGUCAAGCUUAUUCUGUCUCUGUCUCUCUCAAAAAAAAAACACCAUAAAGGGUACCACUGUCGUCUUUUUGUAAUAAAAUACUUUCGGACCAAAAAAGACAUGAGGGGCAACACUGUCUUUUUUUUUCCCGUCAUGAAAAUAAACAUAAGGGGUAACACUAUCGUAAUUUGUCGUUAUGACAGAAAACAUAAGGGGUAACACUGUCUUAUUUUGUCGUUAUGGAAGAAAACAUAAAGGAUAACACUGUCGUUUUUUUGUCGUUAAACAUAAGGGUACCACUCGUUUUUUGCAAUUAAAUACUGUCAGGCCAAAAAAAAACAUAAGGGGUAACACUGUCCACACUGGGUAACCAUUGUUGU